UCCUGCCUGCGUGUCGCAACAUCUACGCUAGUGCCCACUUGUAUUUAAUUUUGAAGAACCUAUUGUAAAGCAAACAUUUUGACGCCUUCAAAGCCACGACCUCUAUCAACAACGACAUCUGUCAUCUUGCAUCAGCCCGCAAAAGCGCAAAUAGCACACAUUCACACUCUUGUCAAUUUUUGUCAUUUCCAUUCACCGGUGUAAACGGCCUCCUUACACCCAUCAGGGACAACUCAAUCGCAACACGACAUUUCUGGAUACAAUUAUGCCCGAACCCUACGACCACAUCCCACGAAUACCUCUUCCGACAACCGCACAAUUCAACACUACGAUUGACGUAUUUGAGAACGGUCCUAAUACUUUGCGCGGUCUCGCACAACCAAUCGCUUGGCUACGAGAUCGACUUGAUCCCUUACACGCAUUGGAACAAGCAGAGGAGGAAAGGGUCAAAGACGUGGAAGCUGGUGGAGAAGAUAUGGACAAGAAGUGGGCAGAGAUGAGUCGCGAGUUUAGACGAGAGAAUAGACGGAUGGCUAUUGUUCCGACGACAGCAGGACAAGCUGAAAGAGCAACUUCUUCUAAGACAACUCGAAGAGAGGGAAGGAAGGAAAUGCCGGGCAGAAACAAGGACAUGGACGACAACGACAGUGACGACGGACCUGUUGUAGACCAGAGCUGGGACAUCAUGAACCGCACCUUUUUACACAAGAAUCUUGGUCCAGAUAAACAACCACCUCCUGGUCCCCGAGAGAGGAUCAGAAUCUCCAAGCCCACACCUCAAAACCAGACUGUAGGAUAUUUAGAGAGUACUUUCGAAGAUAAGAGUCGCUCUCGGGAGCAGGAAGAGACCCGCAAGCCAGAGCGCAAGACUGCUUAUCCUCCAGCCCAGAAACCCGACUUGGCGGAAGCAAGAUAUCUUGAGAAGCCACACUCUCGCUCGCAAGAAAAACAAAAGGUCCUCGAGGCGAAUCGCAAGUCCUUCAAAGCCCCAGCACUUAGCCAAGAGAAAAGUGUCGAGCCCAUGGCGACUACACAUCCAAAGCAAAAGUUCUCUCAAGCGCAAGGACAAUCAGAACCAGAACUCUCCCUCGCGAUCCCAGAUUCACCACCAGUCAAGAUCCGCCUCCACCCCGCAGAAAGAGAGCGCGUAGCUCGAGAGCUCAAAGAAGCCCUUUCAACCAACCAGUUCAAAGUCUGGCCACUGGAAUCUAGUCCAUACCUCGAAGACGCCGCCAAAAAGCCCGACGAGAGCACCGAGUUUCGAGCUCCGCUUAGUAGAGAAGAACAGGCUAAGAAGCAACAACUGAUGGACCAGUGGAUGAUGAAGCAAGAGAGGGAUAUCAAGGGCAGGAGACGAUUCCAGGGAAAGGGCGGAUAUGAGGAUGAGGUUGAGAAGCAGGUUUUGAAGAGUACGGAUUGGUUUCAGCCUACGCUUGCGCCGUAUGUUGGGACGGGGUUGAAGAUCCCUACGAGGGAGGAGGUGCGGGAUGAGUAUGAGGCGGAGAGUGAAUAUGAGGAUGCUAUGGAGUAUUUGCCUCGCACUUCGAGGUAUUGGAAUAAGCCGGAAGUGAAGGGAAAGACUAGAGAGGGACAGGACAAGGAGAGUCAGUCUUCUAAGGGAGAAGCAAAGAUCCAGAACAUGCAAGUCGCCACUGGACAUCGACCGAAGGAAAAGGACAGAAAAGACAAGCCAGCUAUUCAGGACAGGCGGGAUGUCAGCAAAGGACGACCUCAAGCCUCGAAGGACGAGAAUAGAAAGGAGAGCCAAAAGACGAAGAAGCCCACGGCCGUUACAUCUAUAGCCUCCGGUGAAUCAAAGUCAAAGGCCCAUGAGAAGCAGGAUAUUUCGGACAUGAAAUCUACGAAGCCUCCAAUCUCUCAUCGAGCAAAGUCAUGAAAGAAAACGGCCAAGAGCUUUUCGUUAUUCGCCGUA